GCGACACGGCUGGCGGCCUCUGAUUACAAUGUGCUGAGCACGACCCACCGGCCGCCGCCUACUUGUACCGCCACCUCGCACCGGACAAGGCAUUUAGCUGUCGGCUGUCGUCGUACUCAGGUAGUGACGCUCAGCGGCAGGAAAGGUGGAGCUGGUAGGAUUUGAACCCACGACCUCGCCAUGAUCCGGCCGGUGGUUAUUGUUUGCUCCCUCUUGCUUACCCUGUCGUACGGGCGGCCGUAUUUCGACUACGACGCCUGCGAGGGAGAAAACGUCGGCAGAGGCUACUACAACCUGGCCGGGGAAAGGAGCUACAAUCGCAACGUCGAACUGAUCUGCGACUUCAAAAGAGAAAUGGGCUACGACUAUGACAGAGUUAUGGACAUUGCGUGGAUCAAGCUGGGUGAUGGAGGUCGGUGCUCGAGAGCGGAGGCCAUCCGGGGGGACAUCGACGUCAACUCCUUGGACGGCAGGUCGGUGCUCACCAUACCCAGAUACGACGACCGGGACUACGGUGUCUACCGCUGCUUCGGCACCGUGCGACAGAGCUACAGAAACCUGGGGCGCUACCGCGGUCAGAGCGACCACGUCUUCAUGGACGUGAUGUUCAUGCCGGACGACUUCAGCGGCAGCUCCAGAUAUGGUCGGUCGUCCAGAUAUGGUCGGUCGCGGUAUCGUUACUGAGGACUGAGGAGACAUGUGGCUCCAUGUGGCACUCGAGCGUUGAAAGUUGCAGACUCAGAAACGAAGGUGUAUUUGCGCAUGGUAGCAGAGACAAAAGUGAGAUGAAGAUUUGUAUUACGACAUGAAACGAUCAUGUGACAAUUAUGAAGGCGAGCAUGGCAUUGUUCAUGGCAUUGAGCUAGGCUCUGAGGGCAUUGGAGGUCAGCGUUUGUUUCGUUAGCCAGGCUCAAGGUAGCGCGAGGCUUGUUAGGCCAGUUCUGUCACCCUAAAUUACAUUACCCAAUGUUGGUGAUGAUGGUACGCUAUGGUAGGUAGACCAUCUGAAAUGAGACUAAACGGGUUGAAGUUAGAUAGGCUCCUUCCGCUUUGCACUAUUUUUUAAGAUUAAGACCAAAUAGCCAUGCGAAUGAUAUCGAUCUUUGCACUGAAACUAGAUAUAUCUACCUUGCUUACAUGCAUAUAUCUUUUUGGAAAGUAUGCAUGCAUGUAUCUAUGUAUUAGCGUCAUGGGCAAUCCACACAUGGCAUGGCGAUUAUUUUCACACGAUCAGCGACUCCAGUGCUUCGAGCGAAAGCAGCCAUAAGUUUUAGGAUAAAUCU